AUGAUGAUGAUAAUGAUUCUGAUCAUGUUGAUGAUUGUGAUGAUAAAGGCAGCGGCGGCAGCGGCGGCAGCGGCACCUGGCCCGGAGAUGGACAUUAAACCUGGAGCUACAAAUGGCUUGGCCAAACGAACCCUGCACUUCUGCUACCAGCUGGGCUUCGGGGUCACAGAGAUCCCCUCCAACAUCUCCAGUGACACCCAAUGCCUGGAAGUUCAGCAGACUCAGAUCAAAGUGAUUCCCCAGGGCGCUCUCACCAGCCUGCAGCACCUCAGGAAACUCAUCAUAUCUAAGAACGACAUGCUGGAGAGUAUCACCGCGUCUGCCUUUGCCGGCCUGCCUCAGCUCACUGAAAUCUUCAUCUCUGAGAAUGUUGCGUUGGAGAGUAUAGGAGCUUCUGCUUUCUCUGAUCUCCCUGAACUCAUCGAGAUAACCAUAACAAAGGCAAAAAACCUGAGACACGUCCAUCAAGAUGCAUUCAGAAACAUCGUGAGGCUACGGUAUCUGACCAUCUCCAACACAGGACUGACAACGUUCCCAAACUUCUCCAAGAUCAACUCUUCGGCCCACAGCUUUCUUUUAGACCUGCAGGAGAACAGCCACAUAAAGAGAGUCCCCGCCAAUGCCUUCAGAGGCCUCUGCACUCAAACUAUCGACGAGAUACGGCUCACCAGAAAUGGCAUCAAGGAGGUGGCAAGUGACGCCUUCAACGGCACAAAGAUGCACAGAUUGUUCCUAAGAGGCAACCAACAGCUUACUCACAUCAGUCCCAACGCCUUUGUGGGUUCCAGUGAGUUGGUGGUACUGGACAUCUCCGAAACAGCCCUCAGCUCCCUGCCGGACUCCAUACUCGGUGGACUCCAGAAGCUGUUUGCGCAGUCCGCCUUCCACCUGAAAGAGCUUCCUCCUUUGCAGCUCUUCACCGAACUCCGCCAGGCCCACCUGACGUACCCGUCACACUGCUGCCCCUUCCAAAACAUCAACAGGAACAGAUCCAGAUGGCACCCUUUCUGCUCCCACCCCGAGGCUGACCCCUACUUCCAGAGGGCCCACUGCUUCAACUUCACCUCCAUCACCUGCAGCCCAAUCCCAGACGCUUUUAACCCCUGUGAGGACAUCAUGUCCGCUGUCCCCCUACGGGUCCUCAUCUGGAUCAUCUCUGUCCUCGCGCUGCUGGGUAACACAGCGGUACUUCUGGUGUUGUUCGGCAGCCGCUCCAAACUGACUGUUCCUCGUUUCCUGAUGUGCCACUUGGCCUUUUCUGACCUCUGCAUGGGCAUCUACCUGGUAGUCAUAGCAACUGUGGACAUGUUCACUCGUGGCCAGUACCACAACCACGCCAUAGACUGGCAGAUGGGCCUGGGCUGCAGUGCUGCGGGCUUCUUCACGGUGUUUGCCAGUGAGCUGUCGGUGUUCACAUUAACAGCAAUCACACUGGAGCGCUGGCACACCAUCACAAUUGCUCUGCGGCUCGACCGCAAACUUCGCCUGAGACACGCGUGCAUUGUCAUGACAGCAGGCUGGAUCUUCUCAUCCCUCACCGCUUUGCUGCCUACAGUUGGGAUCAGCAGCUACGGCAAAGUGAGUAUCUGCCUGCCCAUGGACGUGGAGUCUGUCGUGUCUCAGGUCUAUGUGGUGUCUCUUCUCCUCCUCAACAUCCUGGCCUUCAUCUGUGUGUGCGGCUGUUACCUCAGCAUCUACCUGGCCGUCCGCAACCCCUCGUCUGCGCCGCCGCACGCUGACACCCGCGUGGCCCAGCGCAUGGCCAUUCUCAUCUUCACCGACUUUGUCUGCAUGGCUCCCAUCUCCUUCUUUGCCGUGUCAGCCGCCCUCAAGCUCCCUCUCAUCACCGUCUCAGAUGCCAAACUCCUGUUGGUCCUCUUCUACCCGAUCAACUCGUGCGCCAACCCCUUCCUGUAUGCCUUCUUCACCCGCGCCUUCAGGCGGGAUUUCUUUUUCCUCACGGCUCGGUUUGGCCUGUUUAAAACCCGGGCGCAGAUUUACCGGACGGAGACUUCCUCCUGUCAGCAGCCGGCAUGGACCUCUCCAAAGAGCAGCCAUGUGAUGCUGUACCCUGUGACCAAUACAUCAAGUCAAGAUGGGAAACAAGACUGCUGA